AGAAUUCAACAUGGAGACACCCUUACAGUCAAAAAAUCCAAACAAAAGACGCAAGCUCAUAAAAAUCUUAAAGAAAAAAAAUGUUGCUUUGCAGAUGCAAACAUCUGUAUCUCAAGUAUACCACAAAAAAUUGAAAACUGCAAUCAAUGUUAGCUGUGAGUAUAAAAUGUACCAGUAUAUGCAUAAAUCACUUUAGAAAUUUAGGCCUUCAUGACUAGUGUUUAUAAAAACAUUGAUUUAUGUUAGAAAAUUAAGCUAAGUUGAAGUCAGUAUCCUAGAUCUAAUGAAAAUUGAAGGGGUCACUGGAUGUUGAUGCAUCAUGCUGAUACUUAAAUGGCAAGCUUAAACUUAAACUCAUUUUUUUUUUACAUUUAAUUUCUAAUCAACAUUUUUUUUGUACCGGGUACUAUGAUCUAGAUGUUUUAUGAUGUUGCAUUAAGUAUUGGCUAUUUAUUAAAUAAUUAAUUUCUGAACCUUCUUUUUUUUACCUUUUUGUUUCCUUAAAGUAAACUCCACUCGAAAUUUCCGCACACUUCAAGCGAAUAACAGAAGUCUUGCUUCAAGCUUGGAAAAGCAGAGACAGAAUAACCGUUUAUUAAAUGAUGCUUAUCAAAAUUUAUUAAAAGCGAACCAUGUACUGAGAACAAAGCUGCUAGAAAUGGAAAGAUUUGGUUAUCUUUCAACCUCUAGUUUGGAAAAAGAAGUGGAGAGAAGAGUUGAGGUUUGUUUAUUUUUGUAUAAUAUAACAUUGAAAAUGAAAUCUGAAUGAAAGUUUGUUAUUUUAUUUUUUUUUAGAAAUUGAUCAUAAGUUUCCUUAUAAAUUUAUAAGAAUGAUAUAUUCUGGAUUUGCAUAGAUCUGUAAUUGUUUGUAUUUAUAGAUUUAAGAAUCACUCCCUUUUUAUUUUUGCAGCUUAAAAUGCAGAAUAUCAAGGAAAAAUUAAAUGGGUUAAGCACUUGUUCCCAAGCAUUUGUGGAUAUUGUUCUAGAUUUAACCAAGAUUUGUAGCUCUAAGAACACUAUGGACACUUCCUUGUUAAAUUCCAGCCUAACCUCUCUACCAGUGCUUCCAGCACCAAGGUUAGUAUUUACGUUUAUUAUUCUUGACAUGUUUUUAAAAAAACUUAUGUUGCUGAAUUGCUGGGUAUGUAUGUGUAAUGCACCUCUUAACUCAGGUUGUUGGCUAUACAUUUCUGGAUAGUUUUUUUUUCCCAUAACUAACCGGAGAUAAGAUAAUUUUUUUUUGUUGGUAACACUUUAAAAUCUUUUUAUUCCAGAGUUUUAAAUAAUCAUCCACGUUAAUUGCCUUAAUUUUACUCCAUUUUGUCUACACAUAUUUUGUGAAAUGGCUAAAUAGUUUGAGCCUUAUUAAAUCAUACUUAAAGGAAUGGGGCCUUGUCAGCUUUCCUUUUCCAGACCUGCCAACCCUUCCGAUUUUGUCGGAAUUAUACGCAUUUUUACCCCUCAUUUCGACCUUCCAACAAACCCUUUAAAAUUCCGAUUCUCCGAACAUUAUAAUUUUUCACCCGUCAUAAAAACCCGAAAGCGGCAAAAAAAAUAAUUUUUUUUUUAAUCAGUUUGACAGGAAAUGUUGCAUUUGCUUUUACGAAGUGCACGUCGGCCUGAAGAAUAAGUGAAUAAGUUUCCGAGAUAUUUGUCCGUCAACUUUGCUACGUGCCCGCUAACAGUCGAUCAGAGUUUACAGUAUAUCAUUUCAAAAAAUUAAAGAUAGUCUGGACAAUUACAUGAAAAAUAAAUAAAUGUUCAAUUCUACAAAAGAAAUACUAGAACCAUUGCUGGUACUGGUAUAUAUAAUGAACAAAUGGUUAAGAAGUGACAAUCUUUAUAUAUAAUUCGCCAGAAACUAGGGCACAACAAGACCAAGACAACUACGCAAGCUAUAUAUAGAUACGCCAGCAGAGCAAGCAAGAUGAAGGCAAACCCUCCCUUCCCUUGCCACCCUCGCUUGCCAGCCAGCUCGCGGCGUAUGCUAAGCCACGGGUCGGCAUGAAAUAAAAAGUGUGCAGUGACGUAUCAUGAGGGGGGGGGGCACGGGUCGGCUAUAUUUAUAUUUGCGAACAUGGCCACCGCCUCGCCCAUCGUUGUUCUCAAGACAUUGGCACUGUGAUGGAGUUACCGCCCCCUGCACCACCCUCCCUUGCCAGCCAGCUCGCAGUGUAUGCUAAGCCGUGGUUCGGCGUGAAAUAAAAAGUGUUUAGUGACGUAUCAUGAAAGGGGGGAGGGGUGUAGCAACAUUGGCAUUCUUAAAUGUGUGCAACUUGAGUUCACGUUUUUGUCAAGUAACUUGAGUAGAUGGGAAUUUCAUGCAUUGCUGUCACCAAUGUUUGGCGGGCUGUAUCCACCCUCGCUUGCCAGCCAGGCAUGCACCCCAACAAGCUCGCGGUGUAGUGUUAAAUAAAGUGUGAUAUGCCCGCCCGAUCAAUAUCUCCCGCACUAAUUGUCCGGUCGCCUGACGUGUAGACACUGCCUUGCUUUUAUCGAAGCAAACCGCUAUUUCCAAACCAUUCUUCAAUAAACAAUUGAUCCGAUCGUGAUUCAUCCUUUUAAUAGAUUUACAUUGCUAAAAAUUAAUUCAGACUUUUUUUUUUGUUAAAGCUUUUCUUAAUUAAAUGGAUAAAUCUAUUUAAAGUGGUGGGUACAAUGUAUUAAUAAACAUAUUUUAACCCCCCAAAAACAUACAACUAAAAGUAAAAGCAGUGACAUGAGUGACACAGUGAAUCUACUUCAUCCAUGUCUAAUUUCUUUGCUAAGGAAUCCUACUGAAGUUAUCAGAUAUGAAGUUUUAUUUACCACUUUGCUUAUUGAAGGAAAUAUUUCUCUAGCCAACUUAGAUCGUUUUAAUUUCAUGGUCAAAGAAAUGUUACCAGACUUUCCAUUUGCUAGAAGAUUGUGAAGAAAAAUUACCAUGAAACCAAGGGCAAGCAUGAAAGUUGAUACUCUUUCUAACUUGCUUGUACUUGCAACUAAAAUCAAUUGCAAAGCUAACCUUCAGUUGUCGAAAGAGCCGUUUGACAAGUGCAAAAAGGCCACUAGGGAUAUGGUGGAAAAUUGAACUCUUGGCAGCUUGUGUACAUAUUUAAUAAAAUUGAUAUUCUGUUCUGUACACUGGUAUUGUAUAUAUCUGUAUGUAAACAUUUCCAGUAAUGUUUUUCUUAUGUUCUGUGGUGUUCUGUGAACUCUUCAAAGACAAUGGAGGUAACUUUAUAUUUCUUUAUUUACAAAAAAAGGCUUGUGCAUUAGUAUGUAGAUCUUAAACCAAAACCCCCCUUCCCCCCAAGGGGGCAGUGCCCGCCUACAGAUUUUUUUUUUUCUUAGCAGGUUGGCAGGUCUGCUUUUCAUGUAAUGUUACUUAUUUUUAGCAGCAUUUGCUGUGAUUAAAAAUAAAAGACAGGAGCAAUUUUCUGUUGAUUUUAAAUUUCCAUAGACAUGCCUUAAAAUUAAAACUGUAUAAAAAUAGAAAUGAAAUAACCUUUCAUUACAGCUUAUCAUUAGAUGACACAGAUAUUGAUUCCUGUGAGGAUACAUUUAAAGAACUUGCAGUAUAUCCUGAUGGUUUCAAAAAGAAAAGUUCUUUGCAUGAGAUGUCCUUAAUUAUGGAGCAGUCUUUACUCCAACCUUCUGAUAAAUCUGUCCCGGAGAGCAGCCUACAUUCAUGUAAUUUUUUGUUGUUAAUGAUGAGUUUGGAAGAGUAACUUAAAUAAAUUUGAUAAAAUAUAGCUGAUAUUCAUAAUUUAUUAAUCACCCAUAAAUUAAACUUCUAUUUUAGAGAUUUUAUUAAAUACAAUGUAUGUAGGGACAAUAUAGUACCCACCAGCUGUCAUAACUGCUGAUAAUUGUCUGUUGUUAUUGCUUCUGUGGCGUUAAAACCAAUGUAUUUGGCAAUUACAAAAAUUAAUAUUACACUUGCAAAUCAUCAGUUUUACAUUUGUUUAUUAGGAGUGGGAGUGUGGUGGUGACGCUCAUAAACUAAGCUUAAUUUCUCUAUAAAGAGAAGAAAAAAAAUUUUCAUGUGUUCAUAUUGUUGUUUCUAUUUUGAAUCAAGCUGUCAUGUACAGAGUUUUUUGUCAUCACAAUCAUAUUGAGCCCUGAUAUUGGCCCUUGCAACAAAAGCCUAAUUUAUUCUAUUUCUUAAAUGACAUUGAUUUUGAAGGUAAUUUUGUUGACAUUAUUAAUAGAGAAAGUAACAACAGUGAAGCUCGCAUUUCAAGUUCUAGUAUGGGAAUAAAUAGGAGUAUUCUAGCACCAAUUCACAGGGGCAUAGCCAGGGCUAGUGCUAUCUGGGGCGGGCAGAGAAUAUUGCCACCCCCUUCCACGAAAAAUACUCUGCAAUUUACAGAAAAUACCAUCCCUCCAUAUAAAUGAAAAAGUGCUGCCCACGCGAACUGCCCCCCCCCCCCCCCCGCCCCCCACCCCUCAACCACUUGCUACACCACUGCCAUUUCAAGUACUGAUGAAAUUAAUAGGAAUUAUAUAAAGGAUUUUUUUAAUGUUUAAAAACUCCAAUAGCUUCAUAUCCCAAAAUUGGAAAAAUAUUGUUUUCUGGGUGUCAAACACAUUUACAUGGUAAAUAUGACUUAACAGUCAAAUGUAUUAAAAUUUCACAUAGAAUUAAAAACACAAACAUCAAUCAUUCAAUGCUCUGCAUAUACUUUUGUUGAAUCAUAAUUUAUUAAUUUUUUAAUUUUUCAGUGACAGAAAAUUCAUCAACUUGUCCAAGAAAACCUUAUUCCAAACUUCCCCAGCGCAUCCCUAAACAAGUCAAUAACAACAUGGGGAACAUGAACGAUGAUGCAGUUGUUUCAAAUGUUAAGUCUCUUGCUGCUGACAUAAGUUCACGUAGAGCCACAUUCACUGUAGCCCCUGUUUCUCCAGAAGAAACACUUCUUGAAACACUAGCACCACCAUUUUUAUUAUCUGAUGAUUCUGUUACUGAAUCCAUCCAAAAUGAACUUCAGGGGUUUGAAAAUCUACAUGCCGUGUCAUCAAAGUCUCCUCCUCAAACUGAACAAGAUGUCCAAUUAGAUCCUCAAAAUGAAAAAUUUACUACCCCAAGCCAACUUGAAAAAACUUUAUCAACCAAACAGUCUGAUAAGCCACAAAAUGUGAAAGUGAAGAAACCCAAAUCUAAAUCUGUAAAAGAUCUUGUUAAAAAGAAAGAAAAGAACAUGAAAGUAACAGCUGGAUUUAUCAAGAAAGACGCACCACUCAUUGCCAAUGAAUUUGCCUUAAAUAUUGCUUACUUGGAACUUACGAAAAAAAUGGAAACUCUCAAGCACAAUCCACAAAAUAAUUGUCCUAGAGGUCCUCAAACUAAUGGUCUUCAGACUGAGGACAAAACUAUUCUUAUGGUUGAAGAUAUGGAAUUAACCAUGCCUUUAGGAAAAGAUUUCCCAAACUCAACAUUUUCAGAGAGCACUAAUAUGAUAAGCAUUCCAGCUAAUAAUGAGGGUUCAAGACAAGAAAAUGAGGUCCUAAGUGAAGCGGUUGAUGGGGCACUGAAGUUUCCAGAUGCUGUAACAUUGAGAAUAUCUAAACCAGGCCAGUUUGUUUUUGCUGCCUCAAGAAAAGAGUCAGAUGGUACUCGCAAAGCCGUUCCAGUUGUGACGAAAUCAAGGUCCAGAUCAAAGAAACUCACAGCAGAAAUAAUGGAAAAAAUGCAACAAGAUGAGCCGCAGUCUAUCUUUGAUUUUCAUGAGAAAACACCUACAUCUUUAAAUUAUUCAAAGAAGAUAUUAAUUAAUAACACAGCAACAGAUGAGUCAACACCGCCACCUCCACUUCCGCAAAGUCAACGCAGUGAAAAAGUCCUAAACUCUGUAGGGCAUGAAGAAAUCGACAUAGAACCCAACAAAAGUGUCAGCUCAAAUCAGCCACCGUCUUUACUAGGUAAUGGGGCUGAAUAUCAACUUCCUCUUAAGGACAGUCCAGACAAACCCUCAUCAUUUAAUAGAUCAACUAGAUCUAGAUCCCGAGGCAGAAAAUUAAACCCCAAAAGUGAUGAUGAGAUUGAAGCAUAUUCAGAUCACCAGCUACCUUCAGUAUUAGAUAGAUGGGCUGAUCAUGAACUUCCUCUCUUGGGAAACCCAGCUCAUGAUGCUGCAUCAUUCAGGAGCCGAGCAAGAUCUAAGUCACGAAGUAGAAAAUUAAAAACUGAUAUAGAUGAAGAUACAGAUGUCAGUUCCAACCACCAACCACAAUCAGUAGGUGAUGAGGGUUUGUAUGCACAACAACUUGAUAGCCCAUCUCAUAGUACUAGAUCAUCAAGAAAACGAACUAGAUCUAAAUCUUGUGGCAGAAAAUUUAAAAAUAAAAGUGAUGAUAACACCACUGUUAAUUCAGACCACCAGCUAUCAUCGCUACAUGGGAAUGGACAUAUAGAGGAUCAACCUCUGUAUAACAGAAGAAAGAGAUCUGUUUCACCAAGCAGAACAUUAAAACCCAAUUCUGAUAAAGAGGCAGAUAACCAAAAACCACCAUCAGUACUUGGAGAUGGGGCUGAAUAUGAACUUCCUCUCAAAGGCAGUCCAUGUAAUAGCAAUACAACAUUCAAGACAAGAUCAAGAUCUAAGUCACGUAGUAGAAAAUUAAAACAGGAUUCUGGUGAAGAGGCAGAGUCCAAACAAAAAUCACAGUCAUCACUUGGAAAUGGAGCUGAAUAUGAACUUCCUCUCAAAGGCAGUCCGUUUAAAAACAAUACAACAUUCAAGACAAGAACAAGAUCUAAGUCGCAUAGUACAAAAUUAAAUCGGGAUUCUGAUGAAGAGGCAGAGGUAGAUUCCAAACAAAAAUCACAAUCAUUACUUGGAAAUGGAGCUGAAUAUGAAAUUCCUCUCAAAGGCAGUCCAUGUAACACCAAUACAACUGUUAAGACAAGAACAAGAUCUAAGUCUUAUAGUAGAAAAUUAAAUCGGGAUUCUGAUGAAGAGGCAGAGGUAGAUUCCAAACAGAAACUACUGGGAAAUACAAAUGAAUAUGAACUUCCUCUCAAAGCCAGUCCAUCUAGAAGUGCAUCCACAUUUAAAAGUUAUGGGUCUAGGUCCCUUAGCAGAAAGUUAAAAGCCAACAGUGAUGUUGAAAUAGAGGUUAGUUCAGACCAGCAAUCACUUUCAGCCCUUAGUAAAGGAGCUGUGAAUGAGCUGCCUCUAGAACAAAAUCCAACAGAAAAUGUUAUGAACGUAAGAGGCAGAUCUCAAUGCCGAAGUCAGAGCUCUUCAAAUGCUGAAACUCUUGAAUCAGAUGAUAAUAUCAGACCAUUCACUCCUUGUUUGAAAGGAUUGUCUGCUCAGAUAAACUUAUCUGAAUCAAGUGUAUGUCAGGAUGGUGGCAUAGAAAAUGGACCAAAUUGCAGAUAUACUAAAGAAAUUCUUAGUAUUGAUAAUGAAACGUUUGAUUCUCUUGAAGAUGCAAGCCCUAGCAUAAACAAAAAUUUGAGCCCAGAGCAACAAAUUAAAUCUUCUAUAAGCAAGACAAAAAAGGUUGCAGAUUUUAUGAAAAACGUUAGCACCAAAAAAACAGAUCAUAAGUUGAUACCAGUGAAAAAUAUACACAAUUGGCCUGAUGAAGUUGAGGCAUUGGUAGCACAUCAACUAGCUCCUAAGGCAAAUUCAGCCAAAAGUUUUGAAAUUGUACAUGUUGAAACAGAAAUGGCUUUUUCUGAACCUAAACAGGAAGAACAAAGUAAAUUAAAAGUUGAAGACCUAAUUCUGCCCAACAUUACCAGAACUAAAGGUAAUAGAAAGAUUUCACCAAACCCUAAAAAUAGUAAAUGCUUGGAUAAGCAAAGUGUAAGAACUAAUAAAGUGGAUAACUUUUCAAGUGAAAAUUCGGAGCCCAACAGAAUUGUGAAUGUUAAGAAUGCUUUAAAAGUUAAUCAAUCCCAAGAGUUACAAAAUGUGUUAGCAUCACUAACUAAAGGGGAGAAAAUACACAAAUCACCCACAACAGGUGAAACUAUUAGAAUGACAGCAACAAAUCAUGAUGAAAAGAAAGAACUCUUUGUCCAGAUAAAUCAAAAAGACAUCUAUACCUCAAAAAGUUAUAUGGAAACUGCAACAGUGAAUGAUAAAAAAUUGCUAAAGGCUCAUAACCAUGUUUACAUGAGGAAGAAAAAGGCCAAAGACUCAAAGCAUCAGAAAAGCCUUCAAAACAUAUGUGACGAUGAUGUGCAGCAUCAUACAAAGACAGAGGUGAGUUGUGACAUAAUUUGAAGAUUAUAUUCAAUUUUAAACAAGUGACUUAUGACAUCAGAUGGGUUGCAAGAUAAUUUUUAUAAUAGUGGCAAAAUUUUAUGUGCCUUUUUUUUUGUAACAUAGCUGUCAUUAAAUGAAAUACUGGUAUAAGUACUAUAAGUAUAAUAAUUUUGUCUCUGUUUGGAAAAUAAGCCAUUCAUUAAUAUUUUAUAGUUUGGAUUAUAGAAAUGUAAAAUAGUAACACAUAUACAAAUUAUUAUACUUUAAUCUGUUUAACUUUUUAUAGAAUCCUUAUCUUUCCCAUGAUGAGUUUGGAAGGAAACCUACUCAACUGAUAAAAAACCCGACUUUUGCUUAUGAUGAAAGUGAUAGUGACACAAAGAGAUCACUCUCACAAGAAAUGGAUAACAUGAGGAAAUCUACUGAAGAGGCAUUGUCAUCAAAAGCUAAUUCAACUAAGAUAAUCCUCAAGAAACAGGAAAAAACAAAAUUAGCAUCAAACAAACAGUCAGAAAAUGAGCCAAACUCAGAACUGUCACCCCCUAAAAGACUGCACCUAGAGCAAGAGAUAAUCAGGUAAAAUGUUUUUGGUGUUUAAAAUUGUACAAUUAAUAGAUCUUGUGUACAUACAAAGUAUUUGUAAUAUCUAAGGCAAUGAAGGCUUAACGAUUUCUUAGACUUGGGCUGUUUUGAUUGAAGUUGAAGAAAUUUUGUUAUCUGAAAGGAUGCAUGUUUGAUGGCAUUGGUAUAUGCUUGAAUUGAAUAAUAUUUAAGUAUUUAUUAAGCUUUUCAAAUCUGAUGGUAAAUUCUAUUUAUAAUUUUCAGAAACCAUCAAUAUUUAGAUUCCUAGCCAAACAAGGAAUUCACAAAACUCUUUAUGAACAGAACAUGUUUUUAUUUUGGCCUUUAUCUAAAAUUGUUAAAAGUACCAGAAUGACCAAUUUUGAUUGUAAUGAGUUGUGCCCAUGAAUGCUUUGAAGUGACAUUUGUGUGACCAGAAAAAUGUAUAACAUGAUUUUUAAAAAAUAGACAAUACUUCCAAUAUCUAACAAAGAAACUAGACUUAGCAAAGCACAUGAGGCUGAAUUGUCUAUUGUGACAGACCAAAAGAUUUUGGGGAAACUUUUUUAAAAGACCAUUUCCUCUCUGUUAAGACUGUAUCAAUCUAACAUUAAUAUUUAUCAGCAGUUCUAAUGAGCCUGAUACUAAAAGGAGAAGAGCAGCCACAAAAGUCAACUAUGCAGAGCUAAAAUUAAAUAAGUAAGUACGUAUUUUAGUAGUUUACGUAGGGAUUAUUUGUUUUUAUGUGACUUUUCCAAUUUUCCAAGGAACCACAACUUGAAAUUUUCUGUCGAAUUUCUGUUUUGUAGAUUUACAAGUUUAACCCAAGAACUGUGGUCGGCCGAUUUCCUCUUUCUAAACUGUCGGCCGAUAAAAAUUGCUUUGAAAGAAUGAGUUCCAAUCCAAUAUUUUACACCAAAUAAAACUACUUCCUUUUAAUAAUUUUCAUUUUUCACUCUUCUGUGUCCUUUUUUUUAAACUCUGGGGUUAUUUUUUUACAACGAUUUUUAUCAAGCAAAUUCGUGUACGUAGAUUUUUGCAAAAUGGAUAGGCCAUAGCUGGACCAUCUGGCUUACAAAAUAAAUCAGUUGGGAAUCUUUUUGAUUUAAGUGAUUCGGAAGAUAAUUUUCCGAUUACACACGUAGACAAUGAUAAUUCCAAUUAUUUUUCUAGUGGGUCAGAAAGCGAAAGUUCGGACGAUUUAGACCUAGGUCUAGAACGAGUCAUGUUUGCAGCAACAACAUGACUUGUUCAAAACUAUGUUGCAGAUGAUUUUUAUAAUAACAAAAAAUAAUUGGAUGUUGUUCUAUAUUUGUUUUCUUAUAUUUCAUUUUAUGGAUUUACAUAUUUAUAUAGCAGCUAUUUAAAUUUUAUCUGUUUCAUGCUAUUUAGUAAUGUUUAUAUUGUUUAUGUCGUGCUUUGUUUCCUUGAACGUAAUUAUAGGUAUCAGAAGAAUUUUUUUUUUUAAUCUAUUAAUAACUAAAACAUAUACAAAUAAUACAUUUUUUGAAAGAUAUAUAAAACAGUUAUCAUAUUAUUAAACAUAAUAAUAUGCCAUUAAAAAAUUGUAGUUUGAAAUACAGGUACUUGAAAAUAAAAAUUUUCAUUAUUUUCUUUAUUCUUGUAUUCUUUAUCACUCUAAGGUCAAGGUCACGGUCAGCAAGUAAUAAAAAUAAUCUUAAAAAUAGCCAGUCUGAUCCCCCCACUUUGUCUACUUUCAAUAAAUAUAUACUUUAUGGGGUCUAGCUAUAGUAUUUGCAUGUGAAAAAUCGCCUUUUUCAAAGGCACUCAAAAAGCUCUAAAUUCCCUGAAAAGUACAGAAACAUAACAUACACAGUUCGUGGGUUAAAAACUAAAAUGUUUUUUGUCAUAAAAGCUUAUUUAUAUUUAUAAAUUAAAUUGUUAAUUAUUAAAAUAAGUACUUGAAAUAAAUUCUUAAAUUAAAUUUGUGUGCCUGGAAUGUUUUAAAAAAAUUUGUUUAUUUUUUAUUGAGAUUCCGUGUGGUAAUUCUGAUCAUGUCAUUGAAAAUUUUAUCAACUUUUAAUCUGUUUUCAUUGCUAUGUAAAUAAAAUUGAGUUGUGCUUUAAUUUCUCAGGAAACUUAGGCGUGGAGAUCCAUUUACUUCCCACUAUUGUACAACAGAUAAAUUAGACAUCUACAAACAUAAAGGUAUGUUUUUAUAAAAUCUAUAAAAUGUUGGGCAGGCGUGGGAUAAAGAAAUAGGAUUGAGAACUAUGUCGCUUCUCUUUUAAAAAUAUUUAGGAUAAAAUAUAGCUUCCAAAAUCUUAUGGAACUAUUUAAAUGAGUAUAUUUCUUUAGUUGCUGAUCAUGGUAUUAGAAGCCACACAAUUAUGUUAAGAUUAUAAUAAUGUUGAUUCAAUGUUUUAAAUAUAGACACAGAAAAUUAUUAUUAUUCCUACACUUGCAAACUUGUUUUUUAACUGACAUUAUUACUUAUUACUAAGGACUGAGAAAUCACAUAAAAUUUGAUUAUGACAAUAUUGAUUAUAGCUAUAAAAUAUUUUAUCUUGUCUUUAAAAAAAAUACACAAAGUAGUAUUCUGAGAUAACUUAAACUUAAAUGGAAUUAAAUUUAUUUAUCAAAUUAUCCAAAAGACAUUUUUAAUGAUACCGGUAGAUAUUUUUAAUUGUUAAGCAUAGUAAACAAAAAGGGUUGUACUUUAUUUUUUAAAAAACCCUUUAUUUUUUUUUCUUCUUGUUAAAAUAUUCUUUUAAUCAUCAGGUAAUAAGAAACAUUUACCUGACAGAAAUGUUCUAGGUUCCCUACACAACCAGUCAAUCAAGGAGGAUGAGUAAACAGUCUAAUCUAAUGGAUUUUGAAACAUUGAUUUAUUACAUGUUGUUGAAACAAUUAAAUUGUUUGUGUUGUUGUGGGAACUAAAACAUUACUUGAGUCAGUCAUUAACUGAGCUAGAGGGUCAUCCGAUCAUCCAUAUAUGUCUUGCACGCUGAAGUAGUGAGGGGAGGAGCUGCUGGGAUUUGAAAAUAAGUAAACUGCAGUGAAUUAAGUUUGCUGCUACGGAAGAAACUCAUUAAGUUAUUUUUUUUUUAAAUAUUUUUUUAAAUAUUUAAAACAGAAACACCAAGCAGAAAUCCCUUCUUGCUUAAAAAUGCUCUGGGAAAAAAAUUACUUUUAAAAAUAUGACCAAUGCGUUGGCCAGAAUUCUUGCAUGCAUAAUAAUUUUUAAUAUAGCUAUUUUUUAGACCUCUCACUAAAUUCAAAACUUCUCUGACAAACUCUUUCAUCCAGGGCAUGCAUAAUUUUACGGAAGAUCGAU